UCCUACAGGUAUAUUGUCAUGGAUGAAAAUCAGUAUAUAUGUAAGAAAGUUCAUAAGGGAACUGUUUGUAUUAGUACAAAUUGGACCCAACCGUAAUGUUCAUUAGUAAGGGAAUAACCCAUUGUCAUUGAGUCAAUUCCGUCUCAUAGCAACCCUAUAGGACAGAGUAGAACUGCUCCAUAGGAUUUCCAGGGAGUGGCUGAUGGACUUGAACUGCUGACCUCUUUGGUUAGCAGUGGAGCUCUUAACCACUGUGCCAUCAGGGCUCCAAUAAGAGAGUAGUUAAAUUUUGGUUUAUUUGUACUGUGGAAUACCACGGAAUUAACAGCAAGACUUAGGUAUAGCUAUAUGUACUGGUAACGAAGUGUCUCCAAGAUAAGUCCAUUGUUUAUUUAAAAAGCAAAUCGCUAAGUUAUAUGUAAAUUCUAAAAGUCCAUAUGCUCAAGUUCACAUACACACAUAUUUAAAUUAAUAGAGAGACAUCUGGAAAGACAUAUGCCAAGCUAUGAUCUGUGGAAUAGUGGAUUUGAUGGUGUUUGUAGGGUAAUUUUUACUAUGCCACACAUACAUUUAUGUAUAUUUAAUUAAAAAAAAAAGACACCUGAAUUUUUGCAUCAUCUUUGCAAAACACACUCUUGCUUAACUAUUUUUAACAACUUUAUUUAGUUAGAAUUUACAUACCAUACAGUUCAUCCACUUAAAGAUCAUAAUUCAGUGGCUUUUAAUAUAUUUGUAGAGUUGUACAAUAAUCAUGACAGUAGUUUAAGAACAUUUUCAUUCAUAUCAAAAAGAAACCCUGUAACCCUUAGCUACUACCCCCCAAUACCUCCAUCCUCCCAUCCCUGAGCAACCACUAAUCUACUUUAUGCCACUACAGAUUUGCCUAUUCUGGUUUUUUCAUAUUAAUGGAUUCAUUCAAUAUGUGCUUCUUUGUUACUGGCUUUUUUCACCAAGUGUAAUGUUUUCAAGUUUCAUCCAUGUCCUAUCAUGAAUCAGUACUUCAUUUCUUUUUUAUGGCUGAAUAAUAUUCCAUUCUAUGGAUAUAUCACAUUUUAUUUAUACAUUCAUGAGUUGAUUUGCAUUGUUUCUACUUUUUGGCUGUUAUGAAUUAUGCUGCUAUGAAUAUUUGUAUACAAGUUCUUUUGUGCAGACAUGUUUUCAGUUCUCUUGAGAAAUACCUAGUAGUGGGAUUGCUUAGUCAUAUGGGCUCUAUCCAAUUUUUCUAUUUUUUUCUUUUGUUGCUGAAAAUGUGUAUAUUUGACAAAUACUUGAAAUAUGCAUGAUUAAACAUUUUAAAGUGGAAUAGUAUAUUUUAUUCAAGGCAGGGUGUACAGGAAAACAAAAUUGAAAUAGAGAAGAUUGAGGAGGAAUAUAGAGUUCUUUUGGAGAUUAUGAAAGAGUUUUUUACCACUUACAAGAUUUUGGAGGUUAGUGGCACUGCUUUUUAUUUUUCUCAUAUUGAAUCAAAAUCAACACCCCCCCUCUUAACCUGAUGUAAGGGUAAUGUUAGUGUAACCAUUAUGUUUACAUGACUUGAUUUGAGAAUGUUUUAGUCCUGCCAGAUUUUCCUGAUUAAAAAAAACAUACACAUAGUUUUCAAAAGAGUUUUUAAUCUCUGGAGGUAGAAGAAAGAUAAUGCAAGGCAGUGGAAGAUGAUAACGGACUGAGGAUAGUGCUGAGUUUGAGCGCUGAGUUUGAGUGGAGUAAGAAACUAGCCAAGCUGAUGGUUUAAAUGGAAAUCAUGUUGUGAUAGUGUGUUUGCUAUUUUGGAAGCGCAUUCAUGGUCAAAAUUAAGAGAGAGCUUGAUCAGGAGAUAGGAUUUUCAAAGAUUAUCCACAGUAUGCAAUUACCCCUUGGUCUUCCACCUUCUUUAAGAUAGCUUACUUUUCCUGAGAAACGUGUCAGAUCUAAAAGAUACUUUGGCUCUCAUUAAUCUCAUAUGCCUUCGUGACUAUCUUUUCAGAAAAGAGACAUCAUAAACAGUUGUAUGUCUGAAGCAUUACCAAAAAAAGAAAGGCCCACACAAUCAUGAGAUAGGAGCCAUGUGGCAAGAGCAGCUUAAGAGACAGUGAGAUUAAAUGGUAUGACUCACAGAUGAAUCAGUUUAUCGUUAUAUUAUCCAAAGUGUGAAAUGCAGAAUAAAGAAUAUGAUUAGUUUGCUCUACUCUUCUCUUGACAGGUUACACCAGUGAUGGACUGCAACAUCUUAUAACGUACUGAGUUUUGCAGCUCUGGAAAUGUUCCAACUAAAGGAGGAUGAUUGCCGCUAAGGACCCUAUAAAGGGAAUUCUAGAAAUGGUUGAGAGUGAUUAGGGGAAAAUCCUGGGCCUUGUAACCCUGAAAUAUAUAAUUUUGUAGGCCAUGCAUGCCGUUGUUUAGCAUAUCAUGAAAAAAUAGAGAUAAACUAUGAGACAGUCAAACCAGACACAGGUGACUGAAUUCUUCCUUCUGGGACUCUCUGAUGACCCAUACACCCAGAAACUGCUUUUCAUCUUAUUCCUGGGUGUCUACCUAGUCACUGUGCUUGGAAAUCUACUUCUUAUGUCCCUUGUUCAGGUUGACUCCCGGCUUCACACACCCAUGUAUUUUUUUCUCUGCAACUUGUCUCUGGCUGAUCUCUGUUUCUCUACUAACAUCAUUCCUCAGGCCCUCGUACACCUGCUAUCCAGAAAGAAGACCAUUUCAUUCAUACAUUGUGCAGCUCAGCUUCUACUCUUCCUCAUUUUUGGGGGUACGCAGUGUGCCCUUCUGGCAGUGAUGUCCUGUGAUCGAUAUGUGGCCAUCUGUAAUCCUUUGCAUUACUCUGAUGUCAUGACGUGGAGAAUAUGUGUCCAGCUGGCCACAGGGUCAUGGACAAGUGGCAUUCUGGUGUCUGUUGUGGAUACCACCUACACUCUAAGGCUACCCUACCAAGGCAGCAACAGCAUCGCUCAUUUUUUUUGUGAGGCCCCUGCACUGUUGGUCCUGGCAUCCACUGACACCCACACUUCAGAAAUGGCCAUUUUUCUUGUGGGGGUCAUGAUCCUUCUCAUACCUGUUUCACUAAUUUUGGUAUCCUGUGGCUGUGUUGUAGUGACCAUGGUCAGGAUGAAGUCAGCUGCUGGGAGGCUCAAGGCAUUCUCUACCUGUGGCUCCCACCUCAUAGUGGUCAUCCUUUUUUAUGGGUCAGCAGUUAUCACCUACAUGACCCCGAAGUCUUCCAAAGAGCAGGAAAAGAUAGUGUCUGUUUUCUAUGCUGUGGUGACCCCCAUGCUCAAUCCCCUCAUCUACAGCCUGAGGAACAAGGAUGUGAAAGGAGCUCUGAGAAAAGUAACCACAAGUCAUUUUGCAUGCAACCUUGGGAUCUACCACUAA